AUGGAUGGCAUCGAGCUUUCCCAUAGAAAACGAGCCACUCCAGCGCAAUCGUCACCCUCGGCGAAUCACUCCUCCACCGACUAUGAAACUGGAAGUUACCUGCCCACAGCCUCUGCUGACUGGGCUGAAGGUGCUUCACUCGGAGAGCCUAUGUUCAUCCCUUCCAUUGACUCAUCAAGCUCCCAGUUCCGUAGUCAUACCCACACUCUUUCAUCAACGUCCACGGGGACUACUGGGACACUAGCAUCUGUAAACCCGUAUGAAAAGUUGAAUGGUAGUAACUCUGAUGGAAUGACAGAAAGCACAAAAGAAGAACAAGAUGAAAAUAACAACAACGACGAUGGAACACGCAAAUCAUUAAGCUUCACACAACUCACAGCCAUUGACCGACAAAACUUCCUAGCGUUGGUCUUCUUGUACCUGCUCCAAGGUAUCCCUGUGGGCCUUGCCUUUGGAUCAAUUCCAUUUCUGCUUAAAAGUCGGCUGUCAUACGGCCAGGUUGGUAUCUUCACACUGGCAUCAUACCCUUACUCUCUUAAACUUCUGUGGUCGCCAAUUGUGGAUGCCUUUUAUAGCCCCAAGUUUGGGCGGCGCAAGUCGUGGAUUGUCCCGAUCCAAACUGUGUCUGCCCUCGUGCUCAUUUACUUGAGUACAACCGUCGAAAACCUCUUGGAAAACGCCCAGGAAAACCUCUUCAAAAUCACAAUGUCUUUCUUCACUCUCGUCUUUCUCUGCGCUACCCAGGAUAUUGCUGUGGAUGGUUGGGCCCUUACGUUGCUGUCCCAAGAAGCACUCUCUUACGCAUCCACAGCCCAAACUGUGGGUCUCAACACAGGCUACUUUAUGUCUUUUACAGUGUUCCUGGCAUUUAAUUCACCAGAUUUUGCAAACAAGUAUUUGCGCGCUGCAUCCUCAGAUGUGCCACCAAUUUCACUUAGCCAGUACCUGGCGGCGUGGGGGUGGAUCUAUCUGGUAGCCACCGCUCUUGUUGCCAUUCUUAAACGCGAGGAGCGCACACACGCCGACUCUGGAGGAAUUUCGGCCGUAUAUCGGUCCAUGUACAAGGUACUGCGACUACCCAAUAUCCAGGUCCUGAUUCUGGUACACCUUGUGGCCAAGAUCGGGUUCCAAGCAAACGAGGCUGUCACCAACCUUAAGCUACUGGAACGCGGACUUUCUAAAGAAGACCUGGCUUUGACUGUGCUGAUUGAUUUCCCGUUUGAAAUCAUCUUUGGCUACUAUGCGGCCAAAUGGUCGACAGGUGCGCGGCCUCUGCGCCCGUGGAUGCUCGGAUAUCUUGGGCGUCUUGCAUGUGCUGUGCUAUCGAUGUUUGCUGUUGCUGCUUUCCCACGGUCUGGUAAGGUAGGACCCGGGUAUUUACUUGUGAUUAUUUUGACGCACGUUCUGGGCUCGUUUAUGUCGACGAUCCAGUUUGUUUCCAUCAAUGCGUUCCACACACAGAUUGCAGACCCAGCAAUUGGUGGCACUUACAUGACCACCCUUAACACCAUCUCUAAUUUGGGAGGCCAGUGGCCCCGUCUCAUUGUGUUGUAUGCCGUCGAUUGGCUCACCAGCGCAACAUGUCAGCCUCCAAGUGAAACAUCACUCUCGGAGAAUGCAACAACCCCGUUUACGCCAUUCUCGUGCGUCAAGGAAGCUGAUAAGGCGAUAUGCCGGUCACUCCAAGGCGCGUGCGAAAUAAAGACGGAUGGAUACUAUGUGGCUAAUGUACUGUGUGUUGGAAUUGGGCUUGUUUUGUUUUUCGCGUGGAUCAAAGGUAAGAUGACGCGGCUGCAGUCCCUCAACACGGCUGCUUGGCGUGUUGAGUCGCCUAGUUAUUAA